UGUUUACCUUCGGGCAGCAGGACAACGGAGGCGGGAAUGAGCAUGAUGUCAUGAUACCUGUUUAGCCCUGUGGAAAUAAAAGGGAGAGUGAAGGGGCUUAGCACGCCUAGGUUGUUGAAUUUAUAAGAAAAUGGAUGACACACAAGCACUAGAGUGUACUCAAGCUUUACCUGCUGACUGGGAUGAGGAUGAUGACGAUGAUUCAGGAGAAAAACGUGUUGUUGCAUGGCUGGAAAUUGAAGGUGUCCGCCAUGAGCUUUUUGAGGGUGAGACCAAAAUUGGGCGAGAUCAGACAACAUGUGGAAUUGUAUUACAGAACAAAGUGCUGUCCAAGGAGCAUGCCCUUUUUGACAUUGACGCUGAAACCCACACACUGGCAGAUCUUGGCAGUAUGAACAAAACAAGAAUUGGCAAGAUGGUGCUCAAGCCAAAAGUGAGGUAUGCAUUACGAGGAGAUGAACUGAUACGAUUUGGGGAUAUUCGUGCCAAAUAUAUUAUCAAUGAAAAGGUUGACAUGGAUGACAGUGGAUCAGAAACAGGUUCUGAAAGUAUGUUACUCAUAGACAAUACUCUGGAAGCACCCAAGUCACCUGUCCUUAGUCAUCAGCUGCCAGGUUUGGAUAUUACGAACAAUAACUCUUCAUGCAGUACCCCAAAGGUCUCACAAAAUGUCCCGCAAGAUAUGUCUGAUUUCAUCCCAGAAACACCUAGUGUACAACAGCCAAGAGGAAAGCUUACGAGUAGCACGAAAACGUAUAUCCCAGAAUCACCGUCUGCUUCCCAGAGUACGCCCAUACCACAUAAAAGCAAAGCCUUUUCUGUGGCUGAGUCUCCUUGCAAUAUUUCAGCGAUUCAGAAUAUGAGUGCUGGUGCAGUAGAUGAAGACAGUUUCUUCUUUGAUCCAUCACAACCUGUCAAGGAUAAAACAGAUAAAAGGUCCAAUGAAGAUGAAAUUGCAACCUCAGAAGGCAUAAGCUCAAGAAAUAAUGAUGAUAAUGCAAUUAGAGAUGAAGAGGACGACAUUCCCACUCAAGUAUUUGAUAGUCCCAGGGAUGAUAAAGAGAAGAUGGAUAGUGGCAAAGAGCCAGAAUCAAAAACACCUGAAAUGAAUACUGAAGAGGACAGAAAUGUCCAUGCAAAUGACAAAGAUGGUGAAAAUACAGACGCUGAAGAAGAUAUAUUUAACCAGCCCACUCAGGCUUUUACUCACAUAGACCAGUCUCCAAACAAAAUAUUAGGGAAAAAAAUAGUUGAAAUAUCAUCCUUUGUUGAUAGUAAAGACAACAGUGAUGAAAAUACUGAUAGUGAGGAAGAUAUUUUUAAUCAGCCCACGCAGGCUUUUCCCAAUUUAAAUCCAUCCCCAAAGAUGUUAAAACAAAAAGUCAGUGAAUUAUCGACAUCUGUUCAGGGAGAUCCUGAUAAUACUCAGGAUAUAAUGGAAGCAUUUGAAAUAUUUCCAGAGAAAUCUAAUCCAGAAAAUGCAGCUCAAAAUGAUGACUCUGAUGAUGAAUCAUUGAUUGCAACCCAGCCAUUUGAAGUAAAAGGGAACCCAACAAAGGCAAAACAGCAAGAUGAUGAUGAUUAUGUUCCCACCCAACUUUUCCUGGAUGAUGAUGAUGAGAUAGUGUUCAAAAAACCUUUUACAGUUGCUCCCAAGUCUAGAAAAAGUAAUUCUAAUGUUACAGUUUCAAGUGAUGACAUUGUAGAUGAAUUUUUCAAUGAUGACAACCAGGAUGUGCUAGAUGCUCCAACCCAAGCUUUUGUUGCUGAUGAUAAAGUCGAUCUAGAUGCACCAACCCAAGCUUUUGCUGAUGAUGAUAAAGACGCUUUAGAAGCACCAACCCAAGCUUUUGUUGCUGAUGAUAAAGUCGAUCUAGAAGCACCAACCCAAGCUUUUGCUGCUGAUGAUAAAGACACUUUAGAAGCACCAACCCAAGCUUUUGCUGCUGAUGAUAAAGACACUUUAGAAGCACCAACCCAAGCUUUUGCUGCUGAUGAUAAAGACACUUUAGAAGCCAACCAAGCUUUUGCUGCUGAUGAUAAAGACACUUUAGAAGCACCAACCCAAGCUUUUGCUGCUAAUGAUAAAGACACUUUAGAAGCACCAACCCAAGCUUUUGUUGCUGAUGAUAAAGUAGAUCUAGAAGCACCAACCCAAGCUUUUGUUGCUGAUGAUAAAGACUGUGAUGACCUUCCUCCAACUCAAAAGUUUGAUCCAAAGCAAAAAGCUGUAAGCAAAGAAAAGGAGCCAGAAACCAAAUUAGAGGGAGAUGACAAUGACAGUGAUGUAGAUGAUUACUUUAAUCAGCCAACUCAGCCAUUUUUAGGAAAAGAAAAUACUGAGAGAUCACUCUUGGAAAGACCAACAAAAUGUGUUCGUGAGACUUUUCCAAAAAAUAUAACAAAAGAUGAUGGUGAUGAUGAAAUAGAUGACUUUUUUGAAAUUUGCAAGCAUGAGACAUUGAUGAUGCCAACACAGCUGGAGGAUAAUGAAGAGAUGAUGAUAUUUACUGCACCAUCUCCAAAUGUGUUAACACCAAAGAGAGGUGAACUGGUUGAUGAUUUUCUUACGCCCACCCAGCCAUUUAUACCAAAAGACAGUACAAAUACACCUAAAACCUCUGAAGAUACAUCAACUCAUGGUGAACCAGAUGAUAUAGAUGCACCAACCCAAAUUUUUCAAGAGUCACUUGUAGUUCAGGACAGUAACAAACCAACUCAGGUAUUUCAUAAAGAAUCACCUUCUAAAAGUGCUGAGAACAUUGCUCCAACUCAGCUCUUUCAAAAUGAUGCUAAUGACACAGAUGAAGAAUGCUGUGCUUCCACACAGCUGUUUAUACCUGAAGAUAAAACAUCCCCUGUUACUAAACCACAAAGAGGAUAUUAG